AUGGUUUGUUCAUACCGCAAGCCAGACGACAACACCGAUGCACUGACCAGAAAUUCGACCAUCGCGCCUGUCAGAUCACUAUCAAGCGAGUCCUUCACCGGAGAUGACCUACGGUUCUUUCAUCAUUUUCUCCUCGCAGCACGUCCGCAUCUACCUUAUGGAAGCGAAGCAUCUUGGACUACCCUGGUGCCGGCAUACUCUCACGAGUGUCCGCAUCUAAUGCACGCGAUCCUCUCCCUCGGCGCAACCCACUACACCCUCGCAGAUCACUCGCAAACGGGCUAUACCCAAAUGGCUAUCUCCCAUCGAGGGAAAUCCCUUCAGUCCUUAUCGGCCGCCCUUUGCAAUCUCGAUGACUGCACAGAUGUAGACCUGGACGGGAUACUGGCGACGUGCUAUACUCUAGUCUUCCAGGCAUACUUUAUGCCUGACGGGUUGACGGACUUUGCAGUGAUGGUCCGCGGCUGCGGCAUGGUCACCCAGCAUAUCAUUUCGCGAUUCAACGGGAGCAAGAUGUUCACUUUGCAUACACCAGAGCAGAUGACCGAGCUGUUAGCGCCAUGGCUACCAACAGAUGCACAUCCAGAUCACGAAGUCAUCGAUACCUGUAUCGAGGACAUUGACAAGCUGCACUCCUUCCUGCAGAGCAGCGGGAGUCACGAUUUCUUCAAUGCAUUGCGCAAGAUCUACCUGGCUUUGAAAUACUCCAUCCGCGACGCCUUCUUCUGUCUAACUGAAGUAUACGCUAUAUGGUGUACGAUGGAGAAUCAAGAUUUCCUCAAAUUCAUUGCAAGUUCGAACCACGCGGUUCGAGUACUCUUCUUGCACUAUAUUUCGAUUGAUACACUCAUGCGUCCUUUCAUGCUUAGUGUCCGGGCUCAGGACCGGGCGCGUGCUGGCUUGUUUCUCGGUGCGGAUGUCAUGGAGAAAUGGGCUUUUGCGAUCUAUCACAGUCUGCCGGCGAAUAUGCAAGAGUUGGUGGUAAAUGAAGUGCAGAUUGUGAGCUAUGAAAGCCACAGGUAUAUGUUUCAGAGGGAAAUCUCGGGGUAUAGAAGCUCUACUAUGGAACCGAGCCAAAUUGCUGGUCGCGGGAUGAUCGAUACUGGAUCUCAUACAGGUUUGUAG